AUGAAGCUCGCGCCGCUGCUGGGUCUGCUGGUGCUCGCCGCCGCCGUGGAGCCGCGCCGCCUCCCGCGCAAGCACGAGCGCCUGCCCGAGAGAGUGCACAUAGUGGACCAGGAGGACGCCGCCUCCGAGCACAAGAAGGAGAAGGAGAAGCAGCACAACGAGGAGUACAAGAAGGGCGGCGGUAAGGAGCACCACGCCCACCACGACGACGAGCACGGCGAGAAGGGCCACAAGGGCUACAAGGGCCACCACCACCACGAGGAGGGCAAGAAGGGCCACCACCACAAGGAGAACCACAAGGGCGAGUACGACGACCACGGCGGCCACAAGAAGCACCACCACCACGAGGACGGCCACCACCACGAGCACCACAAGGGGGAGAAGGGUGAGAAGGGCCAUAAGUACGAGGAGAAGGGCCACUACAACAAGGGCCACUCGACGAAGGGCCACCACGAGAUCCACAAGCUAGACGAGUUCAAGAAGGACAAGAAGUUCUUCGACGAGGAGGGCGACUCCGGCCACGAGGAGAAGCACGGCGGCUUCCACGAGGAGCACGGCCACAAGAAGGGCGGCCACUUCCACAAGGGCCACCACCACGGGGACCACCACGAGCACGAGCACGGCGAGAAGGGCCACCACGAGAAGGGCGGCUACCACCACGAGCACAAGGGCCACAAGGACGCCAAGGGCCACGACGAGCACUACCACCACCACCAAGACCACGCCAAGAAGGGUGGCCACGACCACCACAAGAAGUGGGGCUACAAGCACGGACACUAG